GGUGUUUCUGGUCCGUCAGUCAAAUUGCUCCGUAAGCAAACGUUGGAGAAGAAGACGUAGAAAUGGCAUCAAUGAUUGAGGAAAACGGUCCUUCUACUCAUGAGCAGUCUGGAGUGUCCUCGUCGUCCCAGGCUCGGCUGAAACUGGAUGGGCUCCUAAACAAGAACAUGAGGAUCCGCAUGACGGAUGGACGCACUCUGGUCGGGCUUUUCCUCUGCACAGACAGAGACUGCAACGUCAUCCUAGGAUCUGCACAGGAAUUUCUUAAAUCUACAGACACAUUCUCCCAGGGUGAACCGAGAGUCCUGGGACUGGCAAUGAUCCCCGGUCACCACGUAGUGUCCAUCGAGGUGGAAGCAGACAGUUUGGAGGACACGCAAGGCUUUUGAGCAGACUGUUGAUGAAACACCUGUACGUAACAGCGUGACUGUUUCCCGGCGACACAGCUGAGAGUGAGCGUAAAGGGAGUGGACUAUUGCACUGCAAGAU